AUGCCACUUCCCCCAGCCCUCGAGGAGGUGAUAUGGACCAAGCGGUUCUGGACUGUGUACUUUGACAUACGCCCAGACAAUGAGGAGCCAUGGGAUCCCGAGGAGAACGUCGUCUGCGACAUUUCCGUGGGCGGUGGGUAUAACCUCUCCCUCAGCUUCCAUCUCAAGUGCCUUUUUGAGCGCCAACUCAACUUCAUCUCCCCAUCAUCACCAGCAAAACCUGUCGAAGUAGCCGUGACCGGCCCUCACAGCUUUCCCUACCUCCUCCGAUGGAGCGAGCUUCUCCUCAUUAGCCGUGCCCGCGACCCCACGUCCUUCUCGCAUCCUGGCCUGGUGGUCCUCCUGCUGGCGCCCUUCACCCCCAUCUGCGUAGGCGACGACGUCGACGCUGUCGCUGCGGUCGUCUCCACGUUCCUCUCCCGCGUGGGCUUCACGCACAAGGAAAUCAGACUGGUCCUCAUGAACAUCGACCAGCGCAGCGCCGACUUUAGAUGGCGUUAUGAUGCCAUCAUCCAAGGCUGGGUCAUCCAGCACAAGGAUUUCCCCUUCGAGGACUGGAUGCUGUUCCUUGCCGCCGCCGAGGAGACCAUCCGCAACCGCCUAGCCCCGCCUGCCGGCGACGAGUACCCCGCCGCGACGGACCUGCCAAAGUAUGACUUGCCACCGCAGCACGCUUUGGAGCUCCAGGUGCCCAUCGGCUCCUCCCCGCGCCGGCUCUUCCAGAACGCGGCGACGUGUCUGCAGAUGUCGCUCAGCCGGAUGCUGCGCGACCUCGACCUCGGCUCUGCAGCUCUGCACAUCGCCACGGGACGACCCGCACGAGACUGCCUGACGGGUCAAUGA